GUCACAUCAAAACUGUCAAUGUCACUGACAAUUCUCAAAAAAGGCGAGAUGAUAUCAUAUCUUUAGAAAAAUGUUCAGAGAAAAGUUAUUCUAAUAAUACAAAAUUACAUUUGAAUAUGCAAUCAUGGCGGACCGGCUUCGUCAGAUGGCUCAGCGGCUGAAAGAUAAAGUACAUCUAGUACAAAUAAGUUCAAACAGUCGUGAAAAAGUUGACCAAUUGAUCACUAAGUAUGUUCCAGCCACUAAAAUGAAUGAAAUUGCAGAAAAAUUUAAAUAUACAAGUGUGUCACAAAAAGUGCGAGAUCUAGUUUCAAAAUAUGAAAAAUUUACGGGAGUUGAAGAGAUAAUGGCUAUUCAAAAUACUGUUAUUGAGGCUCAGGAAAGGUUUAUUGACGCACAAGAAAGGCGGAGAGAACUUGGCAGAGAGCUAGCUUCCAUAGAGGCACGCUUGAAAGAGUUGCAUGCUGAAAUGCAGAACACUAUGAAAGGAGAUGAAAAAUAUCUUCAACUAUGUACAGAAGAGCAUAAGUUAAUCAUUCAAGAGAGAGCACUACGGACACUGUUUUCAGACGCUGAAAGAGAGGAAAGAGAGCUUUUCGCCACAAUGUCUGCAGCAGUAAAGUUAGGUCAUGAACGGGAGAGAGCACAUGCUGAACGUAAUAAAUAUUGGUACAUAGUUGCUUCAAUUUUUGGUACAGUGUUAGGUAUAGCCGGUUCAACAAUCAAUAAUCGCCUUAAAAUGGCGGAAUUUCGUGAUAUGAUGGAGCAACAGAUGGCGCGGAGUGCGAGCGUUCUGUACACCAUAGCGGGUGGCGGUAGCGCCAGCAAAGCGGACAUUACUGAAGCUAUGAAAACUGAAUUUGCUUAUCAGGAACAACUGGCACAAAACCUACAACUAAUGCAAGAGAAUAUAAAUCAUCUAGUCAGUAAACAAUCAUCAUUAAUAGAGCAUUUAAAUCAUCAAGAACAUGUAGUGGAAACUCAAAUAAAAGAACUAAAACGAUUAGUGGUUGCGGCGUCACAGACCAGCGCCAAAUCGGACGCGGAACUCGCCAAAGCUCUAAAUGCCGUCCACCAGGAUCUAGAUGAUGUCGAAAAAGACAAAGAUGAAUUGCAACACAAAGUCAUAUUAGAACCGAAUCAAAUAUUUACUGGAAUUGGAAUAAUAAUAUGUGCUGCUAUUAUUUUCGGCAGCAUAAUGGGUCGCGUCAGCUGAGAAACUCACAUGCAUAAUAUUUGAUUUGCUUGUCCACACUUUAAGUAUUUAAUCUUUGCCAUCUAUAAUUUUUAAGAGCUGGCAACACAGCUUCCAUGCUGAACAAGUUCACAAACGCCUUAUUUGCUUAAUAUGAUUCGAGCAAGUUCUGACUUAAACAAAUAAUAACGACAUAAAUAAAUUUAAAAACUGAUACUGUUAUGUACAUUUUUUGAUGUACUGCCAAACAAAUGCUUUUUUGAGCAUUUUUUAAUUGUUUGAAUGUGAUAUUUAUUACACCAGCAGAUUGGCGGCUUAACAUUUUUCUGUCGAUUUCAAAGGUGUAUUAAAUUUAGACGGUUGAAAUUAUUUGCAUAGUAAUUCGCUAAAGAUAAAAUAAUGCCGGCACAAAUAUACUAUAAUAGUUUUGUUUUACCGCAAACAAAACAAGCGUUUUUUUUUCAGAUGUAAGAAUUCAACUGGUUCCUUUGCAUCAAAUUAGCAGCUGUUAAUUACUUAAUACAUUCUUGCCUAGAGAGCUCCACUAUUUUUAUUAAGACAAUAUUUUUUUUAUUGUGGCUAUGGUUAACGUUAUAAUCGUACAAAAGGGAAUUCGAUACAUACGAUAUUUUUUGGUAUUUAUUUUUCAGGUAACAAUACAUUUUAAGGGUUCUGUAAGAAGGUGAUUUUGUAUGAUGUGCAGAUUUAAGGUUAAUUUUUAUUACUAAAACAUGAUGUGAAUAGAAAUAAAGUAUUGAU